AUGCAUAUCCGCCGGAGGCCCCCGCAGUUUGUGACAAGGACUCGAGCGACGUGUCCUACGAGGUCCACGCUCGGCGCAUCCGGAACUUCUACAUGCAGAUGCUCGGCGAAUGAGUGCACCAAUGCCACGCAGAAGGCAACUGCAAGGAGCAAGACCUGCAAAGUUCGCAACGACGGCUGGAAAGACAAGCGUCAAUCUUGCAAUGCCCUUCAGAGGAUGCUGGACAUGGAGGCUUGCGACGCCUGGACGGAGUAUUACCACUGCUCGCAGAACAACUCUUGCCUUCUAGAGGCGACCAACGCUUAUGUGGAUGCCAACGGCACUGCAACUGCCAUGCAGCGAUCCAUUGUGUUGCAGUGGAGGGCCAUGAAACGCAUCGAAUGCUUGCUGGAUGCCCUGGAGAACAAUAGACAAGCAGAUGACCUCAGCAAUGCCAUCACCGAGUGCAGGAACAAAGUGCACAGCACGACUUCUUGGGAUUUGACUUAUCCGUACUACAAGGAUGGGAAGCCUGAGAUGCCCUCACGGGUCUGUGAGGAGCCUAGCUUUGGGCGGCCCGGGACCGGAUCCUACAAGCGGGAUGAGUAUGCUACUUGGCCGGGCAGCGGAGACCUUGCCCACAAAAGCGCCCGCCGAUGCGUGCUCUGCAGACUGCUGUACCAGGUGUUGGUACUUUUCCUGUCGCUCGGACUGUCUCAACCCAAGUGUUGCUGGGUGCACCUGAGGCAACAGCACAACCGCACCUUGGAUGGCAACAACCUUGCUGUUUUAAAGGGCAACGCCAAGCACCUCACAGGCUUCUCGCAAAAGGAAUGCUGCGUCGCCCCGACCAAUCCCGGCUGGAAGUAUGAAGCAUGGCCUGCGGCGAACUGCGACAUGGGCUGUGGCCUUGCAGCCGAGUACGAGACGCGGAAGGUCGAGUGCUGGGACUUCGACAGCGGAGUGAAGCUGGACAGUGGCUGGGUUUCGGGCGACAUGUCGCAUGUGAGACCGCUGCAGAUGGACUGGGAGGGGUCGGAUUGGGGCGCAAAAUAUUUCACCGGCAAAGCAGCAACCCGAGAUUCCUCUACAGCUUUCUCCCGCGAGAACUGCACCGUGGUAGAAUGCUGCAACAAGGUGUGUUCUGCUGUCGACUGCCCGGUGGGCACCGCAGUGAAAUUCCCGGCUCGCAUUUGCGAUGGCAUGACGUGUGCAGAGGCGGUGUGCUGUGGGCCCACCGAGUGGAAGAUGCAGAGUUGGCCCAAGACGCCCAGCUGCUCGAACGAGUGCGGAGAACCGGAGCAGAUCGUGAAUCGGAGCGUGACAUGCGAGGAUUCUGCCGGCCACGUCGUGGAGGACGGCCUCUGUGCCGGGAAGAAGCCAGCAAGCAGCAAGGUCGCCUGUGCUGCCACGCCGGUUUGCCCUGAGUGGAUCUACAGCCCGUGGGACAACAAGACAUGGGACUGCUCCGAGCGUGAUUGUGGUCAAGGCCAGUUGACCCAAGAGCGGCCGGUGAACUGCACCAACCCCAAGACCUUGGAAGUUGUCGCAGACGAUCUCUGCAAAGGCCCGAAGCCGGAGACGAGUCGCAUUCUAUGCCCGGCGACCCCGCUCUGUGUCACGACAAGCACAACGAGCACGAGCACAAGCACCACAACUUCAACGACCGUCACUUCAACGACCACAAGCACAGUCACAACCACGACCAGCACCAGCACUACUACCUUGGUCACCUGCGAUGUUGUGACGUGCCCGAAAGGAAGUGUGCCCAAGCCGCUGGUCAACCGGACCGCUGAGUGUGACGGAGGAGUUUGCGAGGCCGAAGAUUGCUGUGACUUGGCGUCGUGGGUGUACAAGAGCUGGGACGAGACAAAGGAGUGUGGCCACACCUGUGGCUUGAAAUCAAUCGUGGAGUCCCGAUCAGUGACAUGCCAGGUCAAAGCCACCGGAGAGGACGUGAGUCGGGCCACCUGCCAGCAAGAAGAGCCUGCCUCCAAACGCGUGCUCUGUGAAGCCACGGCAGCCUGCGACGGUUGCGGCAGCAUCUGGUGUGGCGGAGAUUCGGUGCCCUUGACUGACCCUCCAGAUUGUGGGAGCUCUUGCACACGAGAACUUUGCUGCAAGAAGUUCGCUGCAGGCUUCCAGGCUACCGAUGUGCAAGAGAACGCGUCGGCCGUGCAGAACUCUGUGCAGGUGGCAAACCAAGGUUCCUCUGGUGGAUCGGUGAAGUUCGAUGGCGAGGCGGCCACCCCCGCCGAGGGCGGCAAAGCUUACUACCUGGGUGGCAAAACGGGGCUUCCGCUGGGUGGAACCAAGUCAACGGAAUUUACGGCUGUGAUUUACAUCAAACUCCUCGGGAGCGACAACUCAGAAGAAGAAACAGUGAUGCUAAAGGAAGGCGGGCCAGAUGACUUCGGCGCAUGGGAACUCACCGCCACGCCGCUGAAGCAGCUCCGAGUCCGAUCCUUUAAGGAUUCCAAAUCGCAAGCGGCUAUCGGGUGCCUGUGCUUGUCUUCCUAUGCGGAUGAAUGGGCAGCAGUUGCAGUGCGCUAUGAUGGCAAAGGCGAGAAGAUCGAGCUGGUGGUGAACGGCAAAGUUUGCUGCGAGGCUACCGCCGUCUCAGAUCCCUCAUGGGCGGAUGUGGCUCUACGCAAUAGCAGUGCUCCCGUGCAUUUGGGACUCGUUCCCGGUCACCGGCGGCCUGGCGUGGUCGGGGAGGUCUCCGCGGUCCAGAUCUGGGACGGUGCGCUGACUGACGCAGACAUCGAUCACAUCGUGGCUCAGUUCUCCGAGGCUUCAGCGUGGACAGAGCCGCAGGGCCUGUGGUGCAUGCUUGACAUCCUCUCCACGCGGGCAGGCGUGGCGAGCCUGGCAGCCUGCCGGGCCCUUUGCACUGAAGACAAGCACUGCAAGUCGGCUCAGUAUCGGUCCGACGGGACCUGCGUGCUGCGCAGCAAGGAGGCUUGCACCAGGUCGGAGGGCUGUGCUUGCGAUGAAUACUCCGACAGCCUCGCUUCGAAUCACUGCCCCAGCGGAGACGUGGUGGCCCCGGUCACAGGGCAGCCGAAGAAGCUCGCCCACUACCCCACGACCUGCACGGGUGGCUCAAAGAAGCCCUGGUGGAAGCAGCCAAAUGCCACGUUGCAACCCAACUCUGCGGCCACGAGCACCACCACAUUCACCACCACCAGCACCACGACGACAGUGUCGGUCCAUCGUGCAUCUUGCGCUGACCUCACUUGCCCACCAGGCUAUGUGGCCAAGAUCGUCGGCAAAGCCCAGCUGUGCAAGGACGCCCGGUGCGAGGUCGACGAGUGCUGCGACACAGCCUCUUGGAUCUCCAUCAGCUGGGACGAGACGAAGGAGUGCGACCCCAGCUGUGGCUUGGACGAGGUCACACAGACCCGGUCUGUGACCUGCCAGGUGCCUUCUACAGGCAAGGUGGUGGCCGAAGACACCUGCCAAAAGAGCUCCCGGCCUGCUUCGGAGCGGCUGCUGUGCCCGUUCACUGAAGUCUGUGAGAACUGCGGCGGUAUCCAAUGCGCAGCCGAUGAGGUUCCUGUGGCGAAUCCUCCCAGCUGUGGCGGCUCCUGCACAAGACAGAAGUGCUGCAAGAAGCCUACGACGGGCGUCCAAGCUGUAGAUGUGCCUUCCAACUUCACUUCGGUGUCCAACCAGGGCUCCUCCGAGAAGCCCAUGAAGUUCGACGGCGCAGCCGAGGCUGUGGAGCAGGGACACGCCUAUCGCUUGAAGGGCAGCUCUGGCUUGUCCCUCGGAUCGCCGCUGUCCACCGAGUUCACCGCACUUGCAUACUUGAAGCUCACUGGGGGUGACGAUGCCGACGAAGCGACCGUGAUGCUCAAAGAAGGCGGCCCUGACGACCACGGCGCCUGGGAGCUUGUGGCUACCUCGCUUCAGCAGUUCCGGCUGCGAUCCUUCAGGGACCCGAAGUCCCAGACCUUCAUCGGAUGCCUUUGCCUCUCCUCCUAUGCGGAUGAAUGGGCAUCGGUAGCAGUGCGAUACGAUGGCAAGGGUGAGAAGCUGGAUCUUGUGGUCAAUGGCAAGGUCUGCUGCCAGGCAGAAAAAAGCACGGAGCCUUCCUGGUCCGAUGCUGCACUUAGGCAGCGCAGCUUGGCAGCGUUGAUUUUAGCCCACAGAUCAAAAGGCAUGCGGUCCGUGUGGAAUGGCCGUCCGUUGCCCCAUCCUCUGCGGAUAGCAGCAUAG